UCAUACUCAAAGCGUUCUACUCGUCUGACCCCCGUGAUGGCUGCGCGCGGUUAACUUCGCCGAGGGUUAAAGCGGCAUUCCCCUUUUGUUUGUCUUUAGUGAAAAUUUCGCCUUUGUUGUUUCUGUUUUCUUCCGCUUCCUAAGAACGUUUGCGACUACCCGCGAGACAUGUCGUCCAAGGCAGCCGAGCACGAGGCUUUCUCAAACCCCCUGGCUCCUGAUGGCAUUGAUGUGGACGACAUUGACGAUUUCAAUGCGUCUCGACUCACCAAUGAUGACUUUCGACGACUCCUCAUGACCCCACGGACUGCGCCGUCCUCGGCGCCCCCCACCGCACGGGCACGCACACAUGAGAUGCCCCGUGAGUACAACGAGGAUGAGGAUCCAGCUGCUCGUAGGAGGAAGAAAAAGAGUUACUAUGCAAAGCUCAAACUGCAGGAGCAGGAGCGUGAGCGGGAGCUUGCGGAGAAAUACCGGGACCGCGCGCGCGAGCGCCGCGAUGGCCUCAACAAGGACUACGAGGAGACCGACACCAUUUCCACGACAGCCAACUACCGUGCUGUGGGACCCAGCGCCGAGGCAGAUAAGUCCGCGGCCGAGAAGCGUCGGCAACUCAUCCAGGAGUCCAAGUUCUUGGGAGGUGACAUGGAGCACACCCACUUGGUGAAGGGGCUCGACUUCGCUCUGCUGCAGAAGGUGCGUGCCGAGAUUACAAGCAAGGAAAGAGAUGACGAGGAUGCCUUGGAGAAGAUUCCAGAGAGGAAAAGGCAGGAGGAAGACCCCGAAAAUAAGAUUGAAUUUCGGACUCGCCUGGGGCGGAACGUGUUCCGCGUCUUGUUCCGGCACAAGCCGCCCGAGAGGAACGAGCUGUUCCUGCCUGGGCGCAUGGCGUACGUAGUGGACCUGGAGGAUGACUAUGCUGACACGGACAUCCCCACCACGCUCAUCCGCAGCAAGGCCGACUGCCCCACGCUGGAGUCUCACACGACCCUAACCACCAACGACAUCGUCAUCAACAAACUCACGCAGAUCCUGUCCUACCUGCGUCAAGGCACAAGGCCCCGCAAGCUCAAGAAGAAGGAGAGAGGCAAGGUGGUCGUGGAUGAGAAGAAGCUGCCUGAGGCCGACUUGACGAUCUUUGAUGAUGUUGGAGAGUACGUGACCACAGCCGCCAAGCCUGGAGGGAGGGAGCGUGAGCGGGAGCGAGAGAAGGAGAGGGAGAGAGAGCGGGAGAAGAAGGAGAGGGAGAUUGAGAAUGAACGGAAAGCCGUGGCACGUGCAAGCUACUUCGAGAAGCCAUCACAGGAUGAGGAGCCUUCAACUUCUGAAAAAGUGAUUCUCCCGGCCAAAGAGCUGAUCCAGUCGAUAAAUGAGAAGUUUGCAGGCUCCACCUGGGCACCAACUGCGGGCACCGAACCUACAGCGCCCGACAAGCGACACGACUCCGGGCGCACGGGAGGCGACUUCCUGGGCACCUCGAACAGCUACGCCGAGUGCUACCCCAACUCGUUGAUGGAGGAUGUUGGGGUGGACAGCGAUGAUGAGGUCGACUACAGCAAGAUGGACCAGGGAAACAAGAAGGGUCCUCUGGGACGCUGGGACUUUGAGACUCAAGAGGAGUACAGUGACUACAUGAGCAACAAGGAGGCCCUACCUAAAGCUGCAUUCCAGUACGGUAUCAAGAUGGCGGAGGGGCGCAAGACUCGGCGCCACAAGGAGGGGAAUGAAAAGGCAGAGCUCGAUCGACAGUGGAAGAAAAUCAGUGCUAUCAUCGAGAAACGCAAAAACAUGGCUGCUGAUGGGGUUGAUGUCAAGCGACCUAAAUACUGAGGACCUCCGACAUCGACUGAGGCCCUCUAGUGGCUGCCCGGGGUGUCCGUGCCUGUCUUUGGUUGGUUUGCCUCAGCUCCUGCAGCCCCUGUAGCCCCUGUGGUCCGGUCUGGAUUUGAUUGACUUGUGCUUUCAAACAGUAAUGUAGUUCAUUCCUCGUAUUGUUUAGAUGUGCAGACAUAAAUUCGUUGUCGUUUCCUAUUCUGGCUUGUAUAAACACAAAGAUACAUACGUACACACCUGCAUACAAUCCUGUACAAUGACAGUUAUAUUUUGACUUAAAGCUUUCGUGCCUGCAGAAAUUCAUACUCUUGGGUCUUACGGUAAAGUCACGUAGAUAUAAAAAUAAUAAUCUUACAUUUACAUGCAAAUUCCAUCUCUAUCCCCGCCCACUUACCUUUGGGUUGCACCCAUCUCAAACCUAUAUAACCUCUUUCUGCUGCAGCUCUGCCGCUAUAUUUCUCCUGCCUCAGCAGUUCGCCUGCUGUAUUUGUUCACCUGAAGACGAUUGCUUGUGUUGCGAUCGAAAUGUUGCGAUUUUUUAUUAUUUUUCUAUCUACGUGACUUUACCGAAAGACCCAAGAGAAUGACAGUUAUAUUGUUUGUGGAUCCACACUCACAUUAUUUCACACCUCACACUCACUGGUGUUUAUAAAUUGAUCGCGUACCAGUUCACAUAAACACAUUCCGCAAAACAAAUGCAGUACACUGUUAACUGCUCCUUUUGUAAUGAGGCUAUCACCAGUCUCCUUUGCAUAUGGAAAAAUGUACCAACAGACUCCAACAUAAUAAAAUACAAACAAUAAAAACGUAUAACAUGA